AUGAAAAGUUACUCUUAUCAAUCCCAGAGUUUUCAACUUUUUGGACAGCUUUUUAAGUCAUCUGCACCAGUGGAGCUGACUGAAGCUGAAACGGAGUAUGCGGUUAAUGUUGUCAAACACAUAUUCGAUAAGUACGUUGUGUUCCAGUACAACUGUACCAAUACAAUCCCUGAGCAGUUAUUGGAAAAUGUCACGAUUGUUGUGGAUGCUUCAGAAGCAGAAGAAUUUGAAGAAUUAGCAACCAAGCCAUUAAAAUCCCUGCCAUAUGAUACACCAGGACAAACAUUUGUCGCAUUUGAAAAACCAGAGGGUGUUCCAUCUAUUGGCAAAUUUUCCAAUGUCUUGAGGUUCAUUGUUAAAGAGGUUGAUCCCUCGACCGGUGAGGCUGAGGAAGAUGGUGUGGAAGAUGAAUAUCAACUGGAGGAAUUUGAGGUGGUUGCAUCAGACUACAUGCUUAAAGUCGGGGUCUCAAAUUUCCGAAAUGCAUGGGAAAGCUUAUCCCCAGAUUUUGAGCGUGUUGAUGAAUACGGCCUUGGUCCAAGGGAAAGUUUGAAAGAAGCCGUGAACACUGUCAUCAACCUUCUUGGCAUGCAGCCUUGUGAAGGGACAGAAGUGGUUGCAGCCAACUCAAGAUCACACACGUGUUUGUUAUCGGGUGUGUACAUAGGCAAUGUGAAGGUGCUUGUUCGCUUAUCCUUUGGGGUUGAUAGUGCCAAGGAGGUUGCAAUGAAACUUGCUGUCAGAUCUGAGGAUGAACUUGUAAGUGAUGCUAUUCAUGAACUUGUAGCCAACUAGUCCGUUUUUUCUUUUUAUUUUUUUUUCGAGUUUUUGAUUUACAAAAUUAUGAGACUGUUGGUUGAGUUUGAGGGGAUAUAAAAAUUGUUCUUUUUGUCUAGACAAUAAGGAUUAUUUGAAGAUAGUUUUGUGAAGAUGUUAAAGACAUACAUGUGGUUGAUAUUUUGUGGUGUAAACAAGAAGAAAUAGUAUAUGUAUUUUGCUUUUUAACU